GUUUCCGGCCUUGCUCCGAACCUGCUGUACACAGAAUGGGGGAUACACGCCGCUGCACAUAGCGAUGCAAUUCCGCCAAGAGAAUAUCUUCAAUCUUCUAGUCCAGGUAUACGGGGCGAAUCAAGACAUACGCGACUACAGUGGGAAAAAGGCCAGGCAAUACUUGGUGUCUCAGGAGGCCGCCGUCAGUCAGGACACCUUCCGCAAAAUAAAAGCAAGGAAAAAGCAUGCAGAGAAAGAUCUUGGUUUCCUGCGUAUUGGCUCGCUGAACGUACGCGUGAAACGUACGACGGAAGCGUUCAGCCAGUUCCUGGGUGUGGCAACUAGCAGUGCCAGCAGCAACCACGAGAAGCUACACAAGAGCUGGGGAUCGGCGGAUAAUGUGCAGUUGGACCAGAAGAUGAUGCCUCCGCCAAAAUAUGCGCCCAUAAAGAAGAGAAGGAGCCGCAGGGCGCAAGAUUUUGGGUCGUCGAGAAAUCAUCAGGCCGCCAGUCAACCGAGUACUCCGCUCCUCCACAGCAGAUCGUCUCGGUCCAAUCAGCACCGUCGACCAACGUCUACGGCGGUCGUUGGUCCUAUCAGGACACAACAGAGCAACGACUCGGACUCGGACACCGCGUGCGGUUUCGAUUCCGCAUGGCGAGGAUCCGGGCAAUUGUAGAUUUGCCUGUCUACCGCGCCACGAAGACCGCAGAGGCUUUAACGAAUCACGAUGUACCUUUUCGUCUGGUCUCCUUGAACAACGAUGUAUUCCCUUUGAACUCAACGCUCAAGACUUUUCUAUCGACGAUACCGAAGUCGAAACAGAAUUAAUUAGUCGCUCAGGACCACUGAAAAUACUCUUCUUUGUUUAUCGUCUUUAUACAUAAGCCUUCGUGCACGCCGUCGCUGUUUCUCUGAUAGAAACAAUUAAGCUGACAUGGCACGUAAACAAUCGAGGGACCUUUAACCUUUUAAAGUAUGCGAGACUGAGUAAUCAUCGUCGAAGGGUAGUUUUUCCAACGAUCAACUGUAUCGAGUUUUGAAGAGAAUUACCACAGUAAUUUCUCGUUGCCAGAUUUUCGCGUGAAUCGAUAUUUUUCUAUGUUGCAGGAACCGCGCAUGUUCUUUGCUAUUAUUAUUGUUACUGUAGUUUCUAUAAGUGCCUUAUUUAAAUUACAAGCUGCGGUUUAGGUUUAGCAAUGCCUCUUUUACAUAAAAACCAAAUACGUACUCUCUUAGAAGGAUGAAAGUGAGAUUACGAUUUUUCAGUACAGGGUGUUCUGCGCACAAUUUGUUUUUUUUUUCUUUUUAUUUUGUAAGAUACUUUUCGCUUCAAACAGAAGCAACGAUCUAUCUACUAAGUAGUAAUGAAUUGAAGUAAUGAAUUCUAACUGUAAUUCUGUCCACGUUAUUCAUCACAUUAUUGUUACGUAUACUAACUUCGUCGUUGUAGAAUUUUUUAACUAAAUAUAUAAAUAAUCAUGACAAAUAUUAAUAAUGAAUACGGAAGAAAACGCGAACAAUUUUGCCAAUGAUGCUAUAUGAUAUCAUGUAAUAUUUGUACUCUUUGAUUGGUUUUCAAUAAAUUUUGUUGCCUAUA